AUGGAAGCACAUCAAAGAAAGGACAUGGUGGAGCCACAAGCGAAGACACCCUCCACGGCACCGGAUCUAACGUCUAUAAUGGUCUCGUCGUCGUCCAAACAAUCGGUAAGCCCCACGGGAUCGCAAACCAAGUCUAUCAUGAACGCUAGUGGGACUUCGGGGGCCGUGGUCAAUAACACUCCUGAACCUGGCUUAAAGAGAAUCCCCACCGUCACGUUUAGUGACCCCAAGUUUGCUUCCUCCAUUACGGGUAAAGCCGUGACUCCAAACAAUAUAAAGGAUGAUGUUAUUGGUCCUGGGGCCAAGCUGAGCAAAAUCAAUACAAAGUUUCCCUUGGACCCAAAUGAGGGGCCCGGAGUCAUAUAUAGCCCUUCCUCGAUACUUUCAUCGUCCAUGGAUUCCGUUAAUGGUGGUGGGAGUGUAAAUAUUAACAAUGUAUUGAGUGGUGCUAUUAAUUUGGAGACAUCUGAACCGGAAUCAGCAUCGCAGAAAAAGGGGAAAGAGCAUCCUCAUUUCAUUGUGGAGGAUUCACUUCAUACGCCGAGAUCCAGAUCCAAUAGUUCUAGUCCUCGACCAUCAGUCUCGUUACAUACAGGUUCUAGUGGAGGUGGUAUAGAGAGAGAACCAUCGAUUGUGUCACGAUUGAGUGAACCGACGUUAUUGGAAUCUGUCAUGGAGGAGAACGUUACUGUGGUACCUGCGCAAACGCAGAUUCAAGAUAUUGCGCCCAAUUUGAUACCGAAAAGAGAGAAUGUAAAGAAUGUGGAUCCCAGACUACCACAAGAUGAUGGGAAAUUACAUGUAUUAUUUGGUGCUACCGGGUGUCUUGCUGUGUUUAAGAUUAAGGGAAUCAUUAAGAAAUUAGAGGAGAUUUAUGGGAAGGAGAAUAUAAGUAUACAAGUGAUCUUAACUGAAGCUGCAACCAAGUUCUUCACGCGAAGAUUUAUGAAGAAGCAUAAUAAUAGUAUGUCGCAUGCUAAUGGGAAUAAUAAUAGUAAUGGUGAUGUACACAGGAUAUUGUCUGAUACGUCGAUUACUUCCAAGGCAUCCAGUCAUUCCAGUCCAAGUAUAUGUAAUGGCUCCAACAAUACUACUGUAGGUGGUAAUGGUAGUACUAGUAGCAACACCAAUACGAAUUGUCUAACGUCCAUUGAGUUACCACCACAUAUUCAAUUCUGGACCGAUCAAGAUGAAUGGGAUGCCUGGAGACAAAGAACGGAUCCCGUGUUACACAUUGAAUUACGUCGUUGGGCUGAUAUAUUAGUGGUGGCGCCAUUAUCUGCGAAUACGUUAUCUAAGAUUUCAGUGGGACUUUGUGAUAAUUUGUUAACUAGUGUCAUUAGAGCCUGGAAUCCAAGUUAUCCUAUAUUUUUGGCUCCAUCGAUGGUUAGUAGUACCUUUAAUACUAUGAUGACCAAGAAGCAGCUGAAUAUUAUUAAGGACGAGAUGCCAUGGAUUACUGUUUUCAAGCCAUCUGAGAAAGUCAUGGAUAUUAAUGGUGAGAUUGGUCUUGGGGGCAUGAUGGACGCCAAUGAAAUUGUAGACAAGAUUGUGAUGAAGCUUGGAGGAUAUCCAAAGCAUCAAGAGGAGGAGAAGGAUGAUAAAGGGAAGAAAGACGAUGAUGAAGAUGAAGAUGAAGACGAAGACGAAGAUGAUGAUGAAGACGACGACGAUGAUGACGAUGACGAUGAUGACGACGACGACGACGACGACGAUGAUGAUGAUGAUGAUGAUGAUGAUGAAGAUGAAGAUGACGAUGAAGAAGAAGAAGAAGAACAUUGUGAAACGGCAACGCCCACGACGCCAAGCAUACUCAAGUCGACAAUAAAGACAUCAUCCACGUGA